AUAUAUCUAGAAACAUUCCAAGUCUUGGCCUAAUACUACUCUUUCUUUCUCUAUUCUCUCCUCAUUCUCCAUUUUCAUCAUAAACUUCUUCUCUCUUUUCUCGUCGCAGAGAGAAUAAUAACAACAACAACAACAACAUGAGCCAAUCCAAUACUCAAAUUGUAGAGAAAGCUCUGAGUUGCUUAGGCAAAGGCUUCGAUUUGACCUCAGAUUUCCGGCUUCAGUACUGCAAAGGCAAAGAAAGGCUAAUCCUCCUCAACGACACUCACAAGCAACGACUCUCCGUCCCCGGCUUUGGCGCCGUCGACGACAUCUCCUCCGAUAUUAAAUGCGACAAAGGCGACCGCGUUCGAUACCAAUCCGAUAUUCUCAACUUCAAUCAGAUGUCGGAGUUUUUCAACCAAAAAACAUCGGUGCCGGGGAAGAUACCGUCGGGGAUGUUCAACUCAAUGUUUGGGUUUCAGAGUGGGUCUUGGGCCAUGGACGCUUCGAAUGUGAAGAAACUGGGCUUAGAUGGCUACUUCAUUAUUCUGUUCAAUCUCCAUAUCGAUCGAUACCCACUUCUUCUCUCUCCAGAGGUCCGUAACGCCGUUCCUUCUUCGUGGGACCCACGCGCUCUUGCAAGAUUCAUAGAGAAGUAUGGGACUCACAUUGUAGUGGGAUUGAGCGUUGGAGGUCAAGAUGUGGUGCUGGUUAAGCAAGAUACAUCUUCUAAGAUAGAACCCUCUGAGCUCAAAAAACACUUGGAUGAUCUUGGAGAUCAGCUCUUUACUGGGACGUGUAAUUUCUCACCAAUGCUCUCCAAAACCAAAGAUAACAAACUAAAGGCACCUCUGGCAUUCAAUUUGUUCGAUUCUCAGCCCAUGGCCCUUAGCAGCUCUGUGUCCAUGAACACGAAAGAUGGUAUCACUGUUGUAUGCUCAAAAAGAGGAGGUGAUCCGUCUUCCCUUAGCCAUUGCGAGUGGCUUCUAACAGUUCCAUCAAUGCCGGAUGUGGUUCAAUUUAGUUUCAUUCCAAUCACUUCUCUUCUUAAAGGUGUUACUGGGAAAGGUUUCUUAUCCCAUGCCAUCAAUCUCUAUCUUCGAUACAAGCCUCCUCUAGUUGAUUUAGAGUACUUUCUGGACUUUCAAACUCACAGGAUUUGGGCUCCCAUUUACAACGACCUUCCUCUUGGCCCUACAACAAACAGGGCUACUACAUCACGGGCAAUCCAGUUCAACAUGAUGGGACCCAAGUUGUAUGUGAACAAUAAUCAGGUUGUGGUUGGAAAAAGGCCAGUCACUGGAAUGCGCUUGUAUCUUGAGGGCAUGAAAUGCAAUAGGCUAGGCAUUCACCUCCAGCACCUAACAAAUUGUCCAAUUAUGUUCCAAGACAAGAUAGACGACACAACAAUAUGGCGAGGCUCAGAAGACAUAGCUGAUCACGAGCAGUACUUGGAAGCUAUCAAUGGAAAGAAGUUUUCCCAUAUUUGUACAAUGCCUAUAGAAUACAACACGGAAUGGACCUCCAAGAAAGAUGUAGUUUUCAUUGUCACCGGAGCUCAACUCCUUAUGACAAAGCAAGACUCAAAGAAUGUUCUUCAUCUUCGGCUCUUGUUUUCAAGGGUCUCGAAUUGCUUCACUGCUCAAUCUAGUUGGGCCGAAUGCUCCACAGAAUUUUCCCAAAAGUCGGGUAUUUUCUCUGCUAUCACUACUACGUUUUCAGGUAUUCCCCAAUUGCCCAAAGAUAAGACACCAGCUGUGAUUGUGGACUCUGCCAUCUUUCCAACAGGACCUCCGGUUUCCCAACAAACUCCAAAGCUUCUUAAAUAUGUAGAUACAUCCCAUUUAUGUAAAGGGCCACAGGACAAUCCUGGGUAUUGGUUAGUUACAGGAGCUAGAUUGUACUUAGAGAAAGGGAAGAUAGGUUUGCAUGUAAAGUUCUCUUUGUUAAACAAUUGUUCAUGAUUAAAAAAAAAAUUCUUAU